UUCUUCCAGCUCUUCCUUUGCCUUACCCACGUCCUUACCUCAGCUUUAACAAGUUUACCACAUUUCUCACCAUCACCAAAUCUUCACAAUGGCAACCAAGCAACCCACCAGCAACAUCGGCGUCGUCCUCGGCGCCAUGACAAUCGGAGAGGCAGGCCGCGAAGGCAUGCGCGUAACCACGCACGAAGACGCCGCGGCCCUCAUCGACGUCUUCCAAGCACAUGGGCACGACGAGAUCGACACGGCGCGCGUCUACGGCGGCGGCACGACGGAAGAGUACCUCGGGGCCGCGCAGUGGCAGGAGCGAGGCAUCCGGAUGGAGACGAAGCUGUACCCAACCAAGGGCAAAGGCAUGGGCUGGCUCUUUGCCGAGGACUUCACACACUCACCCGCCGACGUGCGCAGGGGACUGCAGGAUAGCCUGAAGGCCCUACGCGCCGACAAGGUGCACAUGUUCUACCUGCACGGGCCGGACCGGGCGACGCCGUUCGAGGAGACGCUGCGCGAGGUCAAUGCAUUGUACAAAGAGGGGCGAUUCGAGCGCUUCGGGCUCAGCAACUUCCAGGCGUGGGAGGUGGCGCAGAUGUGCGAGAUCGCAAAGCGGCACGGCUGGGUGCAGCCUUCCGUGUACCAGGGCCUGUACAACGCGCAGAACCGGCUCGUCGAGGCCGAGCUGGUGCCCUGCCUGCGCCACUACGGCAUCUCGCUGUACGUGUUCAACCCGCUGGCGGGCGGCUUCCUCACGAGCCGCUACCACCGCGGCCAGGAGCAGUUCGAGGAGGGCUCGCGCUUUGAUCCGAAGAGGAAGCAGGGCCAGCUGCACCAGAGCCGGUACUGGAACGAGCCGAACUUCAAGGCGCUGGAUAUCCUGCGGCCGGUGAUUGCCAAGCACGGGAUUAGCGAGGCCGAGGCCGCGUUGCGGUGGUUGGCGCAUCAUUCGGCGUUGAAGAAGGAGUACAAUGAUGCGGUUAUUGUUGGUGCCAGCAGCACGAAGCAUCUGGAGGAGAACUUGGUGGCGCUGGAGCAGGGGCCGUUGCCGCAGGAUGUGGUGGAUGCGUUGGAUGCUGGCUGGGAGCAUACCAGGGCGCUGCCUUUGAAGUACUGGCAUUAGGGUGUUGUUCUCACAGAGGAUAGCAUUUAUGCAGGAAACGACCUUGGAGUUUAAUUAAGAAAAAAUAUACAAAUGGCGAACUAUUAAGUCCAAGGGCGGCCUUGAAUAUGAUAUUUUUUGUAUAGUGCGAUAAACAAUGCCUAAAGAAAUCCCU